CAAAAUAUAAUUGGCCAAAUUUGUCGUGCCAACCAAGCAUGAGCUGGCAUGCGAAGAUUGUUACAGUAGAUGCACUGACGUCAGCAGGGAGGUCAUACAAGACAAAACUGACGUGGUGGGCCCAGGGCCGUAUCAGAGCCCCCGGGUCCCAUACCCCGUUCCUCGCCGCUGAUUGGCCAAGUAACCCAAGUUGCUCUGCCUUCGCUCCUAAGCAAAAAGCGAAAGGCAGAGGACGAGGACGACCCAACACGAUGAUCCUGUCGUCGUCGUCUUCCCCAAACCACCAACAGUAACUGGAAAAAAAAUUAAAAAAAUCGCACGACAAAAAUAUCGUCUUCAGCUCAGACUCUCUCUCCUUUCCUGCGAUGCCACAAAAAUGGACGACAUGUCAUUACCAGAAAAGGCCGUAACUACCAGGAAGGUACCUGAGGUCGGUGCUCGCCUUCCCUCCCAAUCCCACUCCCACCCUCUCUAAACUCCCCCCCGCCAGAGCCACCCGUCCGAUGGCCCACGCUGCCACCCCCACAGCCGUCGAUUCCCCAUCCACCGCCUUAGUCCAUUUUCCUCCACCUCCUUGUCGGCGCAUCUCCCCUUAUAAACUCCCGCCUCCCUCCAUCGCCGACCAUUUCCCCCACUCCCCCGACUGAUAUUUUCUUCAAUGGACCCUGAUGACUCCCGAUGUCCUAAACCAGCCCCGGCUCACACUACUGCGAUUAGAACGGCUCUCUCCUCCUCCUCUUCCUCCUCCUCCUCCUCGUCAGCUCAUAUGGAGUCUCUGGCGGGCGCCAGCGGGAUCGGGUUCUCAGUUGUCCUACCUGAGGCAGAGCCUUUCUCCAUGGCUUCCCAAUCCCAGCCGCCUUCGCCUGGGUCUCUGUUCAUGGAGAACGUUGGGUUCUCCGAGCUCCAGUCCUUCUCUCCCGAUGAAUUGUUCGAGCUGAAACCAGAACCCGUCAGCGAAAUACCUCCUGCAGCUCCGAGCAGAGGAGGCGAAGUGGAGGGUCUCGGCCUUCCCCAACCUCUGGGGUGUCUGCAGGGGACCCCGAUUCCUCCAUUCCUUUCCAAGACCUUCGAUUUGGUGGAUGACCCGUUGCUGGACCCGGUCAUAUCGUGGGGAUCGAGCGGCCAGAGCUUCGUGGUCUGGGACACUGUGGAGUUCGCCAGGGCGAUACUCCCUCGGAAUUUCAAGCACAAUAACUUUUCCAGCUUUGUGCGCCAGCUGAAUACUUAUGGUUUCCGCAAGAUCGACACUGAUAAGUGGGAGUUCGCGAAUGAAUCCUUCCAGAGGGGGAAGAGGCAUCUUCUCAAGAACAUUCAGAGGCGUAGAUCUCCACAGGGCCAGCAAGUUGGGAGCUUCGGUGGGUCUUCCAGUGAAGCUUCAAGGUCUGGAGUCGAAGUUGAGGUUGGCAAGUUAAGGAAGGAGAAGAGUGCGCUAAUGCAGCAGGUGAUCGAGCUUCGGCAGCAGCACAGUGGGACUGCUCAGCAUGUGGAAACAGUGAAUCAGAGGCUCCGAGCGGCAGAGCAAAAGCAGAAGCAGAUGGUUUCUUUCCUGGGAAAGUUGUUUCAGAACCCCGAUUUCAUAGCUCGCCUACGGGAAAGGAAGGAGCGGAGAGAGAUUGGGCCCCCGAGGAUGAGGAGGAAGUUCAUCGAGCACCAUCAGCAUGAAGGGAUGGAGCCAGAUCCUUCAACUGAGGAACAGCUAGUUGAGUAUCAGCAUGAACAGAGAAACAUUGGUUCAGGUUCCAUUUCUGGGUCUCUUGGUCUUAAUCUGGUUUCUGUGGAACCCGCAGUUGUUACUGGUACAGGAGGUAUGCUCCUUCAAUUUGACACUGUCAGGCCUCAAGAACUGCAGAUGUCUGGAGAAUUAUUGCCAGGACAGGGGUUUGCUGGUAUGCCGGUGCCAGCUGGGCCCUCGAACCUGGGAGAAGGAGACCCUUUCUUCAAGGGAAAGAGCGUAGCUACAGGAUCAGAACAAGUACUUAUGCCUGAGUACUUUCUCUCUUUCCCGGAUGAACUGGUCGACAAGAGAAACUUCCUGGAAUUCCCGGAAGGAGUUGAUGGAAUUGCUAAGCAAGGGGAAGUGUGGAGCAUGGGCUUCGAUGUGGGUCCUGUUGGCCUUCCCAGCUCUAGCAGUGAGCUGUGGCCCAAUCUCUCUUCCUCCGAUGUGCCCGAAUCGGGACUCGCAGGUUCAUUGUCUGAUAUGUGGGAUUUGGGGUCUGUGCAAAUGCCUGGAGGAACAGACGUUGACAAGUGGCCCGCUCAGGAACCGACUUUCGAUGAGCAUGAUAACAGUCCAGGAGAGAAGUAAUAGGUCUAAGAAAAAGGAUCCUAGAGGGUAUCAGCAGUUCUAUGCCCUCUUGGAUUCUGUAGUCCUAGUAAUAGAUUUGAUAGAUGCAUAUAUAUGCCACACAUAUAUAUAUAUUGAAUGAUUAAAUUAGAUAUGCUUUUGAAUCAAUAUGGAAGUUCCAUUCUUUGUUGAUAGUUCAGCUUAUUGUUUUCUCACUUUCAACCAUGUGCAUAUAUCAGUUUCAUGUCAAUUGAAUUUGUCAGGCUGAUUCUUCUCAGUUCUAGUCCAUUUCCUGUCUUUCUACCAGAUGAAAAGUUUUUGAUUUCUAUAAGCUAAUUCACACUUUGAGCUGUGGGAUUGCAGGUUCCUGGUUUCUGGGAUGACAUAAUGGUCGGGUUGACGCUUCGUUUGAGCUGUCAGGUUCAGGUGCAUCUCUCCGGGGAGUGUCUUAUCUAGGAAACUGGUGAGAUUUUCUUGAUCAUCGGGAGCAUUCCCUACCAUUUUAAAUCGGAACAUUUGUACUAGGAUUGUAAUUUGAUUAGUUCGCAGUAGCACAGUGGCUAGAACAGCGAUUUUCCCACCUAAUGGUGUCGAUUUUGAAACUCAGAAGUGUAAUGCUGUGUAGGGUUUGAUUUGGGUGAUUCAAACCGAGAUAGGGCCUCAAUGGAUGAGUUGUGCAUUUUGAAACUA